AUGGUCCCCAAUGAAGGCCUUCAGUAUGUGGGAAUUGUUCAGUUGCUUCUACAUUUCAGAUGGAAAUGGGUUGGGCUCAUCACUACAGAAGACCAAGCUGGGGAACUUUUCUUGCAAGAAAUUGAGCCAAUGCUUUCUAAGAAUGGGAUCUGUUCAGCCUUCACAGAAAGAGCAGCUACAAAACAACAUAUGGAUAUCAGAGCUGAAAACAUUCAAAAUUUUUACAGUAAUAGUUCAGUUUUCCUAGAAAGCGAAGCCAAUGCAAUUAUUGUACAUGGAGAAACAUCCAAUAUUAUAUGGCUGGCAACUGUUAUAUGGUUACGGUCUCUAGCUGAUUUGGAGUAUACAGAGAGAAGCUCUGCAGGAAAAGUGUGGAUAACAACUGCCCAGAUUGAUUUCACUUUCACAAGCACUCAAACAUCCUGGGACAUAGAAAUGUUUCAUGGUGCUCUUUCCUUCACAAUUCACUCCAGUGAGUUAACAGGUUUCCAAACAUUUCUUCAGACUGUAAAACCUCCAUGGACAAACAAGGAUGGUUUUUUCAAGAACUUCUGGGAAGAAGAAUUUGAUUGUUCUUUUCCCAGUUCUAGAAAGUCUGCAGAGAAUAAUGAAUUAUGUAGUGGAGAAGAGAGACUGGAGAGUAUUCCAGCAACACUUUUUGAAAUGAGCAUGACUGGCCACAGCUACAGCAUCUAUAACAUAGUUUAUGCUAUGGCAUAUGCCUUACAUUUCAUGCACAUAAAGGAUGGGAAGACACAGGAAAGCAAGAAUGUGAUGCCCUGGAAGCUCCACUCAUUUCUUCAUUGGAUUUCAUUCAAUAACAGUGCUGGAGAUGAAAUUGUGUUCAAUGACCAUGGAGAACUAGCAAGUGGGUUUGAUAUUACAAACUUGGUCACUUUUCCAAACAACUCUUAUGUCCGCAUCAAGGUUGGAAGGCUGGAUCCUUCGGGUCCUCCAGGAAAGGAGCUCACCAUUAAUGAAGCUAGAAUUUCAUGGCAUGAAAAGCUAACACGUGUGCCUCCAUUCUCUGUCUGUAAUGACCACUGCAAGCCAGGAUACAGCAGGAAAAAGAAAGAGGGAGAGAAAUUUUGCUGCUAUGAUUGUGCUUCAUGUCCAGAAGGGAAGAUGUCAAACCAAGAGGACAUGGAAUACUGUGUUGCCUGUCCAGAAGAUCAAUAUCCAAGCAGUAGUCAAGAUCAAUGCAUCCCCAAAAUUCCAAAUUUCCUCUCCUUGGAAGAACCUCUGGGCAUUCUGUUAGCCUGCUUGGCUCUCUUCUUUUCGCUGAUCACAGCUUUGAUGCUCGGAAUUUUCAUUAAGCACCAGAACACUCCCAUAGUCAAAGCCAACAACCGCAACCUCACCUACAUUCUCCUCACCUCGCUCCUUCUCUGCUUCAGUUGCUCUCUGCUAUUCAUUGGACAGCCAAAUGAGUUGACCUGUCUGCUCCGACAAACAUUGUUUGGAAUCAUCUUCUCAGUUGCUGUUUCUUCUGUCUUGGCAAAAACUGUGACAGUAGUUGUGGCUUUCAUGGCCUCCAAACCAGGAAGUAUUGUCAGGAAAUGGAUGGGGAAAAGAAUGAUGUAUUCAAUUGUCAUUUCCUGCUCCCUUGUUCAAGUAGGUAUUUGUAGUCUUUGGUUGAGUAUUUCUCCCCCAUUCCCAGAUCUGGACAUGGACUCAGUGAUGGAAAACAUCAUAGUGAAAUGCAAUGAAGGGUCAGUCACCAUGUUUUACUGUGUCUUGGGCUACAUGGGCUUUCUGGCCACCAUCAGCUUCACUGUGGCUUUCCUAGCCAGGAAGCUGCCUGACACUUUCAAUGAAGCCAAGUUCAUCACCUUCAGCAUGUUAAUCUUUUGCAGUGUCUGGCUGUCCUUUGUCCCGAGCUACCUGAGCACCAGAGGAAAAGACAUGGUGGCCAUGGAGAUCUUCUCCAUCUUGGCCUCCAGUGCUAGCUUACUGUGCUGUAUCUUUUCUCCCAAAUGCUAUAUCAUAAUACUGAGGCCUGAGUUGAACAGCAGAGAGCAGCUGGUAAGAAAAAAGCAUUAUGAUAUUUAA